CACAUAUAUAUCGCUCCGCCACAGUUAACACCACCGUCGAUUUGCUUAGCCGGAAAAGCACACCAGCCAAUAUCACAAAGAAAAAAAAAAUGGGAGAAAAUUCGAAUAAAACAAAGCAGAAGAAAAAGAAAAGAAGAUACUCAGACGAUUCACUCUCAUCUUCAUCAUCAUCUUCAUCUUUCGAAAUUUCAUCUUCCGAAAACGACGACGUUCCAUCUUCAAAACGCCACAAAAGCAGCAGCAGCAGCAGACGGAAACACCGACGAAGUCGGAGCAGCGAACGACGGAGCUCAAGGAGAGAGAAAGAGAAGAGUAGAAAGAAAAAGAAGAAACAUAGAGAUAGAGAUAGAAGUAGUCGCCGGAGAUCGAAAAGUAGGGUUUCUGAAUCAGAUAGGGAAUCGGAAGAAGAUGACGAGGUGAUGACUCAGCGUGAUGAUCCAGUUGAUGUUGUUAAAUAUAUUCUGGAUCAAUUUCCUGCUGUAUCUAAUGAUUUAGAACAGCUUCUUCGCAUGAUUGAUGAUGGACAAGCAGUUGAUAUAUCUGGUCUAUCUGAGAAGUCUUUAGUGAAAUAUCUGCAAAAGCUAUUCUUAUCCUUGAACCUUAAUGAAAAAAGCCAUUUAGUCUUUCUGUUGCCUUCUGGUGGCCGUCCAACUCUGGAAGUUGUUGGAGCUGUUAUACGACCUAAAGUGGAAUCUCAAGAUCAUCCUAUUGAUAAUCAUGAACCACAUAAUGGCUUAUGUUCUGAACAACCACAUGACGAACAAAGACCUGAUGAUGGUAGUUCUAAUCUUCCAUGUGUGCAAGAAGACAUGCCAGCUCUGAGGAAAAGAGUUAUUGGACCUGCAAUGCCAUCUGCCGAAUUGCUUGCUGCAGCAGCCAAAUUAACCGAAGCAGAGGCGGAGUUAAGGGAAGCUGAAGCAGGUGAUGACGAUGAACUAUUUAUUGGACCUCCACCCCCUGCUGUGGUCCAGGAGGCUGCAUCUGCCAAUGAUGCAGAGCGUUUUGAGGAGGUUACAAGAAUUAUGGUAGCAGAGGUUGAUAACCCAUAUGAUGUAGUUGGAGUAAAUAGGAAUAUGGCAGCUGACAGCAUUAAGAAGAGAUAUUGGAAGCUGUCUCUUAUGGUUCACCCUGACAAGUGCCCUCAUCCAGAAGCCCACCAGGCAUUCAUCAAGUUGAAUAAAGCUUUUAAGGAUUUGCAAGAUCCAGUCAAGCGAAAAGCAAUGGAUGACAAAAUUGACGAGAAGGAGGAAAAGGAACGAUACAAGUUGGAGCUGAAAGCUAUGCGUGAAGCUGCACAAUGGCGUCGUUUGCAAGGUAUUUCUAUGGAGGGUGAUGACGCACUCUUAGCUGAGAUGGAUGUUAAAGAAGAACGAAGAAGAGAUGAAUGGAUGACAACACUUCCUCCCGAGAGAAAACCUGGUGUGGCAACGCAGCAAUCAGUGAAGAGCUUUAGUAGGACUUCCAAACAAGGGCGGGGUGAUACCAGUGCCUGGACUGAUACCCCUUUAGACAGAGCCCAGAAAGCUAAAAUGAAUUAUUUGGAGGCAUAUAACGAGGCUGCAGCACUAGCUGCCGAUAACCAAGACAAGAAAACAAGCAAUGCUGAUGCGGAAUUGGUGGACAAAUACAAUAAAGCAAAAAGGUCAAAAUCAUUGGUUGAAAAGCAUCAAGAAUCUACACGAGUACGGUCAAAGAAAAAGUCAAAAGCAGGGCAGGAAAAACAGAAACAAGAAUGGGAGGGUCAGCAUCCUUGGAAACCUUGGGAUCGUGAGAAAGAUUUGACUGCUGGACGGCAGAAUGUCAAACUAGAUGCUGAAAAUAUGGCACAAGGGUUGACUUCCCGGUUUUCUUCUGGGUCCUUUCAAAGAAAUUUCUUGUAGAAUAAGUUCACGUGCUUACAGAAAUCGAUUUUUAGAUAAUUUAUUAUGGUUCACAUCGUUUUACAAGAUAACAUCUUUUAGGAGGUUGUUUUGUUCUGUUGUAACAAUCUUUGUGUAACUCUAAUAUUUGUUCUCUGAUGUUCCAAAGGCAAUAAAUGAAAAAAAUGGUUAUAAUUCA